AUGCUAACUAGUAUCAUUCUACAAACCGUCCUUUUUGUAAUUCAUGCUGUUGCAGCACGGAACUCCACUUUCUCUAACCCUAUCUUACCAGGGUUCCAUCCUGACCCUAGCUGUAUCUUUGUCGAAGAGCUAGACAACACCUUCUUUUGCGUGACAUCGACUUUUCUAGUGUUUCCUGGAAUUCCCGUUUACGCCAGCAAGGAUUUGAAGAACUGGAACUUGAUCAGCCAUGUCUUCAACCGUCCUACGCAAUACCCAGGUUUCGGAAAGAUCCUGACGGCGAGUGGCGAAGGUGGUCUCUGGGCACCGACGAUUAGACGCCAUGAUGGCACCUUCUACGUUGCUGUCACCCUUGUGGACUACUACGAACCUGAGAAAAGAACGUUCAUAAAUCUUGUUUUCAAUUCAACAGAUCUCUUCAACGAUGAUGCAUGGUCUGAUCCUGUUAGAAUAGACAUGCACGGUCUGGAGGCAAUUGACCCCGACCUCUUCUGGGACGACGAUGACCAAGCUUAUAUGCUCACCGGAUGGGGGAAAAUAUACCAAUCUGCCGUGGACCUCCAAACCGGUGCCUCGUCGGACCCAGUGAAUGUCUGGAACGGUAUAGGUGCCUCAAACCCGGAAGGACCGCAUAUGUAUAAGAAAGACGGACACUUCUAUCUCCUAAUUGCUCAAGGGGGUACUGGACCCGACCAUAGCGUGGCAAUAGCGAGAUCUGACUAUGUCUCUGGGCCGUUCGACGGCUAUACCGGGAAUCCGCUCUUAACGGCAAAGGACACAGAUAAUUUCUUCCAAUGUGUUGGCCAUGCGGAUUUAUUUCAGGACGGCAACGAGAAAUGGUGGGGGGUGGCCUUGUCAACGCGUUCAGGACCGGAUCUUCGAUCCUAUCCAAUGGGCCGAGAAACGGUGCUAUACCCCGUCACAUGGGACGAUGAAUGGCCCGUCUUGGAUCCUGUCUACGGAAACAUGGAAGGCUGGGGAAAGCCAGGGAGCAGCCAGCAGCCGUCCAGUGGUCAACAUGCCACCGAGGACUCAGAAUCUGUGGACUUCAAGCCGGGCUCAUCUAUCCCUCGGCAUUGGAAGUUUUGGCGCUUCCCAGAGCCAUCAUCAUACACGAUCUCUCCUAAACACCCUAAUUCCCUCGAGCUUUCGCCCUCCAGGUCAAACCUCACCGGAACUCUGACCGAGGUUCACCCUAUCACUCUAAUAUCCCGACGUCAAACCGCCAGUCUCUUCAACUUUAGCGUAGACAUUAAAUUCUCACCCAUGGAGGUCGGAGAAGAAGCCGGUGUGUCCAUCUUCAUCACCCAGCUCCAACACAUCGACUUGAGCAUCCAACUAGCCAAGAAUGGCAGCCAUAUCCUGCGCCUCCAGACAACAGCGUACGGUAAGCCGGAUCUUGAACCUCCAGCGCCGAGAACGUUGAAUAUGCCCCGUUCGUGGAUCGGAGAAAAGUUGCGCAUGUACAUCGAGGCGAGGGAUCCGACAAUCUACUCAUUUUACGUGGUACGUGCAAAUAAUCCGCUGGACGUGAGGCAAUUUGGCAAUGUCAGUGCGGAAUAUGUGAGUGGGGGUAGUGGGAGCUUUACUGGCACCUUACUUUCUGCGUACAACACGAAUAAUAACGGAUCUGGUACUGCAAAAGCUUGGAUCAGCCGUUGGAGAUAUUUAUCACUAGCCCAGGAAGUUGCUAAAGGUGUCUUUGAGCCCGUGGAUAACAUUUAG